CACCGGGCACAGACUGAAGAAGACGGCUCCCAUCCGCCCCGGGUCCCUGUCCACUGACAGCAGCUGCCGUCUGUAGCCCCAGCCCAGGGGACCCUUUUAAAACAAACUAAACAUUAUGUACUUUAGCCAGAGAAGUUUGCAGAUUUGUCUGUUGACAAGAAUUCCAUAAAAGCCCCACACUUCCCAGCUGAGAUCCAUUUUCCAUUGCGUCCAGUUUGGUCCAGCCUAGGUUCAAGGCCUCCUGAGCAGCCUUUCAUCUCUGCAUUUUCUGCGUGUGUGUGUGUGUAUGAGUAACUCGGAGCCUUGGGAGGAGACCUCACCCACGAAAGGGUGUUUCUAGCCAGCCAGCUGCAGCCCAGGGUGUUUUGCCUGCGUGCCUGUAUGUCUGCACUACAUGUGCGCCUGGUGUCCUUGGAAGUCAGAAGACAGCAUCAGAUUCCCCUGGAACUGGAAUUACGUACAACUGUGCUGGUAAGGGCCCAAGCCACCGCCUCUCACACGCUCACUGUGCUAAGGUCCUGGAACCAUGUUUGGAAAGAAGAAGAAGCGAGUGGAGAUCUCAGCCCCAUCCAACUUCGAGCACCGCGUGCACACGGGCUUCGACCAGCAUGAGCAGAAGUUCACAGGGCUGCCCCGCCAGUGGCAGAGCCUGAUUGAGGAGUCAGCGCGCCGACCCAAGCCCCUCAUCGACCCCGCCUGCAUCACCUCCAUCCACCCUGGAGCCCCCAAGACCAUCGUAAGGGGUAGCAAAGGCGCCAAGGAUGGGGCCCUCACACUGCUGCUGGACGAAUUUGAGAACAUGUCGGUGACGCGCUCCAACUCCCUGCGCAGAGACAGCCCACCUCUGCCCGCCCGCGCCCACCAGGAGAACGGAACGCUGGAGGAGCGGCCGGCCCCGGCCAGAAUGGGCCCUGACAAGGCUGCAGGCAGAGGCCGGGCCACAGGCCACAGCGAGGCAGGCAGUGGUGACAGGCGGCGGGCGGGGCCAGAGAAGAGGCCCAAGUCUUCAAGGGAGGGCCCAGGAGGGCCGCAGGAGGCGUCCCGAGACAAACGUCCCCUCUCCGGGCCUGAUGUCAGCACCCCCCAACCGGCCAGUCUGGCCAGUGGGUCAAAACUAGCAGCUGGCAGGCCCUUUAACACGUACCCUCGGGCUGACACGGACCACCCGCCGCGGGGUGCCCAGGGGGAGCCACACAGCAUGGCACCUAACGGGCCGUCAGCAGCAGGCCUGGUCGCCCCUCAGUCCUCCUCGUCCCGGCCUCCUGCUCGAGCCCGCGGCGCGCCCAGCCCAGGAGUGCUGGGGCCCCAUGCCUCUGAGCCCCAGCUGGCCCCCCCGGCGCGGGCCCUUGCUGCCCCCGCUGGCCCCCCUGCUCCCGGGCCUCCCGGGCCCCGCUCCCCACAGCGGGAGCCCCAGCGCGUCUCCCACGAGCAGUUCCGGGCCGCGCUGCAGCUGGUGGUGGACCCCGGGGACCCGCGCUCCUACCUGGACAACUUCAUCAAGAUCGGCGAGGGCUCCACGGGCAUCGUGUGCAUAGCCACCGUGCGCAGCUCGGGCAAGCUGGUGGCCGUCAAGAAGAUGGACCUGCGCAAGCAGCAGAGGCGGGAGCUGCUCUUCAACGAGGUGGUGAUCAUGCGGGACUACCGGCACGAGAACGUGGUGGAGAUGUACAACAGCUACCUGGUGGGCGACGAGCUCUGGGUGGUCAUGGAGUUCCUGGAGGGGGGCGCCCUCACCGACAUCGUCACCCACACCAGGAUGAACGAGGAACAGAUUGCCGCCGUGUGCCUGGCUGUGCUGCAGGCGCUGUCGGUGCUUCACGCCCAGGGCGUCAUCCACCGAGACAUCAAGAGUGACUCCAUCUUGCUGACCCACGAUGGCCGGGUGAAGCUGUCAGACUUCGGGUUCUGUGCCCAGGUGAGCAAGGAGGUGCCUCGGAGGAAGUCGCUGGUGGGCACACCCUACUGGAUGGCCCCGGAGCUCAUCUCCCGCCUUCCCUAUGGGCCAGAGGUGGACAUCUGGUCUCUGGGGGUGAUGGUGAUUGAGAUGGUAGACGGGGAGCCCCCCUAUUUCAACGAGCCACCCCUCAAAGCCAUGAAGAUGAUCCGGGACAACCUGCCGCCCCGACUGAAGAACCUGCACAAGGCAUCACCGUCUCUGAAGGGCUUCCUGGACCGCCUGCUGGUGCGCGACCCAGCCCAGCGGGCCACAGCUGCCGAGCUGCUGAAGCACCCCUUCCUCACCAAGGCCGGGCCCCCCGCCAGCAUUGUGCCCCUCAUGCGCCAGCACCGAAACCGAUGAGCCUGAGCUGGGUCCUGAACCAAAGAGCCCCGGGCCACCCUGCCCGGCCGCAGCCAGGAGAGGGCCAGCCGGCCCCCACAGCCCAUGAGACACUCUGGGGCGCCGCCAUCACUGUGCUGGGGGCUUCAUGGACCCAACUGCUGAACUCUGGUUCUGCUCCCGUGACUUGUAAAACAACGCCGGGACAUGUGGGAGCAAGUGGGGCUCCCGGGUCCCUCACCCUCCAGGACAGGCCCCUCCCCUGUGCUCCAUCCACAGGAGAGAGGGUGGCUGCCUCAUCACUGGAAAAUCUGUAUCAGGGGCCACUGGGGCAGAGAUGAUACUCCAGGGUGUGUGUGGAGAGAGCGAGUGUGCACCAAGAAAGUCCAGCUCCUCUGUCCUCAGCCUGCAAGUGGGCAUCUCAGGCCUUGGCUGCUGCCCAGCCCCUGACCCUGAGCCAUUGAAGGGUCAGUCAUGAAUGUCUGAAGAGUGGCCUUUUCCCAGAGUCCCACCGUCUCUCCACAGGAGAGAUCUGGGGCCCCCCCUCCCCGACCUCUGCAGCAAAUGACUACUGCACUGGACAGCUCCGUUUUCUAGAAGUCUAUUUAUAUUGUCAUUUUAUAACACUAGCUGUGUCUCAGCCUGGGGAUGGGCGACCCCUGACCUGUGGGGUGGCCCAGGGACAGAGCCGCUUUGAAGAAUUGGGCUUCUGUCCCCCACCCUGCCGCCAAUCCUUCAAGUUAGUUUUACAAUUAAAACACUUUUUUGUUU